AUGCAAUUCGAUAUCGAAAAUCUGAACGAACUAUCAUCAGACCACAAUCCUAUACUACUAAAUGUAUACAGCCAAUCAUUUCCUCAACCAUUUAAAACAAUAAAGCUAAUAAAUUGGAAAAAUUUCUCGGUUAACCUCCACGAAUCCAUAACUAACCCAAAUCCACCUAUCAACACAGUAACAGACCUCGAUCAAGCCGCAAUUGAAAUAGCCGAAUUAUUCAAGUCAGCACUCUCAGUCAACUCUACCACUCGCAUUUGCAACCCUCACAAGGACCUUCCUAAAGCCAUCAAAAUCGAAAUCACUAAGAAGAAAAGACUUCGUCGAAUAUGGCAACAUACAAGAAAUCCUGAUGCAAAACGCCGACUGAAUAUACAUACUGAAGUAGUUCGUGAAUUGCUUCGAGUCCACCGCGAAGAAGAAUGGAAUAAUCUACUAGAUAAUCUGAAACCAAAUGACCCUAAAGUAUACAAAAUCGCUAGAAGCCUAACACACAAGCAAGCGGCCACAGAACCCCUUCUCGGCCCAUACGGUCUUAUCUUUGAUCAAGAAUCCAAAUCCGAACUAUUUGCUAACUCACUUGAAACCCAAUUCACCUGCCCAGCUGGUGACAUCAUGACUACUUCAAUGGUAAAGGAGAAACUAAAGAUCCUCAAUCAAUCCUAUCCCCCAACAAUUCAACACAUUACUCCAAACGAAGUCAAAUCCAUCAUAAAAACCCUUCCGAGGAAGAAAGCACCAGGCCCGGAUGGGAUACCCAAUACAGCCCUGCGACAUGCAUCUAACCGCACUAUAUUGCAUCUCACCAAAAUCUUCAACAGCUGCAUACGUCUAUCACACUUCCCUAAUGCUUGGAAACAUGCUAACGUGGUCAUGAUUCCGAAGCCGGGGAAAAACAAAUCAGAUCCAGCAAACCAUCGACCCAUCUCAUUACUCAACACAAUGUCGAAACUGUUCGAGAUUCUUAUACUAAAACGACUCAAGUCAUACGUUUCCCCCUACAUCCGACCGGAGCAAUACGCUUUUCGCCCAGAACAUUCUACAACAAUCCAACUUACAAAACUUGUCGACGAUCUGGCAAUCACCUUCAAUAGAAAGGAAAGAACAGCGGCAAUCUUUCUAGACUUUGAAAAGGCGUUUGACAAAGUCUGGCAUCAAGGCGUUCUAUACAAACUCCUAACCUUAAAUGUACCAGUCCAACUUGUAAAUCUGAUCAAAGUCUUCUUAACAGAUCGAACAUUUUCGGUUAAACUAACAACAACGUCAUCGUCCCCUCGGAACAUUAAAGCCGGUGUCCCACAAGGUUCCUGCCUGUCCCCAUUACUAUUCAGUAUUUACAUCAACGAUAUACCAACGAAUCCCGGGAUCAAAAUCAACCUCUUCGCAGAUGACACAAUGUUCUUCUACUCAAGUAUGAGUAAAAAGUUUGCCAUGGAAAAAAUCCAAUCCCAAUUAAACAGAUCGUUAUCCUGGCUGGAGAGAUGGAGGAUAUCGAUCAACCCUAAGAAGACGGUCGCAAUACUGUUUGGCGAUAAAACGUCAAAAGACUUGGGAGAGCUCCUUGUAAACAAUCACCCAGUACCCUGGAGCCAACAGGUUAAAUAUUUGGGAAUAACCAUGGACUCAAGACUGACGUUCCACAAACACGUUUUGGCCAUCCAAAAAAAGACCAGGCAAAUCAGGGCUGCACUCUACCCCUUACUGAACUCUCGAAGCCACCUCUCACUCCGUCAGCGAUUAACUCUACACAAAUUAUACAUCAUACCAAACCUAACAUACGCAGGACCAGCUUGGGGCGCUCUAAUCUCAAAUCGAGACUGGAGGCGUCUCGAGGCGGUCCAAAAUAUAUCGUUAAGAACAAUAACAGCGUCACCCUGGUUUAUAAGGAACACCACAAUUAGAAAUUCAUCAAACAUCGACUCUCUCCAAAACCAAAUAAUCAGGGCAUCGAAGAUCAUGUUCAACAAAACAAAAACCUCCAAUCACCAACACAUCAAAUCCAUCGGCCGUUCCAAGGCCACUAUCCAGUGGAAAAGGAAUAGACCUGAAAAUAUAAUGUAA